AUGUUCAAGACAGGUAUUUUCCUCUACUACGCCGUACUAUCAGUCAUUUCGUUGUUCAACGUUCCAAGCAACGUAGCAGCUAACCCAGCUGCUGCUGACGUCACAGCAGCUACAGUAGCUGCCCCAGUCAGCUGCUGCCGUCUGAGAGCCCUUUCCGCUUCCGUCUGCUUCUACCAGCAGCGUGUAGCAGCUGUCGGUCCUGCUGCUAAGUCGAUUUUUAGACGGCCAGCUUUCGAUGAGUUCAAUGGGCUGUGUGUCAUACACAGUGAUGGCGGUGAUGAUUCGAGAUCUUACGAAUCUUCACAGAGUGACGAGAGCCGUGACGUCAUAAGUAGGGAUGUGCCGUGGAAAAGAUUCGGCGGGAAAUACUUUCCUAAAUUUGUGAAAAAAUCAGACGAGUACCACCUCCCCAUGUACGUCGAAGCCUGGGGGAAAUAA